AUGUCGCAGGCGGUAGGACGGUACUGUACAAGCGACAAGGAGCUGAGCAAGGAGCAGUGUUGUGAUCUGCAGCUCCACAUGCGCCUGGUUCAUGGACGCAGCACGCGCCAUGUCGACGAUCACCAGCGUGAGCCUGGGUUCAAGCAAGCACACGCACGCAUGAUGGAUAGCUCGAAAAACAAGAGAGAGAGAGAGAGAGAGAGAGAGAGAGACGAGACAGCAGGUUCCAAGCCCGAGGUUGAAGCGCACGGCUGUACUCUAGGGCAAACUGGAUGGUAUGUACUAUACGAAGGUGCACACCCAUGGUUCGGUGGCCAUGGAGACGUCCUCAUCCUCAUGGCUAUCCCAGGCAUCCCAGGCAUCCCAGGCAUCCCAGGCAUCCCAGGCAUCCCAGGCAUGCCCAGAGAAGCUGGAGUUCCGGUCGGCAGCGCCGCUGUGCAACUGUGA